UCAAGCUCCAUCCAAUUCCAAACUCAAAGAAAUAACUCCCUGUCUUUCAUUUUCUGCAAAGACACAAUAGAAAAGAUGAAUAGGCUUCGAGGUUGUGCUCUUUUAAUUCUAUGCUUCUUCUCCGUUUUUGUGCUGACGGUGAGAUACGAAAGACCAGAUCUUUCGCUUUCAGUCUCAGAUACGUUGAGAAGAACGUUUUCAUUCUCUGCAACCUAUUGGGACAAAGCAAAGACUAUGAUUAGUCAAGCACAAGCUCACUUAUUUCCUUCUCCAAAUCUUGAUUUCAGAGGCAGCGAGACAGACAGGGGAGCUGGAGAGAAAGUGAAAGAGGCAGUUGCAGAGAGUUUGGGGAAGACCAAAGCAACAGUAGAGGACUCUGCAAAAUCUGCGGCGAAUAUAGUGAAAAGAAGCCUAUCGAAUAGGCGAGAAGAAUCUGAUAGCGACGAGCUCUGAUUAUGAUGAAGUGAAGUGAGGUUGGGUUGCUGAACCUGCACAUGUAAAUGUGUGUAUUUAUAUGGAAAGGAUAAUAAAUGCUUUUGAUUCCAAUGUUUUGGUUAUGCA